AUGCACCAGUCCUGUUGGUAUGAGACAGAAGGGCUGCCAAGUGACUGGGUGAUUGGAGUCAGUGAGAAUGGCUGGACCACUGACCAGCUGGGUGUGUACUGGCUGAAAGAGGUGUUCAACAAGGAGACCCUACCCCCUCAUGCCUCAGCUGGAUUUGAUCAAUUCUGCUCUGAGAAUCAGAUUAUUGCUCUCUAUAUGCCACCUCAUUCCUCCCAUCUUCUUCAGCCAUUGGAUGUUGGCUGCUUCUCCUCACUGAAAACAGCGUACGGACAACAGGUAGAGAACCAAAUGCGGCUUGGGAUCAACCAUAUUGAUAAGGAGGAGUUUCUGGCCCUAUAUCCUGCAGCUCAGAUACAGGCCCUGACUGAGAGCAACAUUAAGAGUGGUUUUAGAGCAGCUGGGCUGGUUCCGUACGAUCCUGAGCAGGUUCUCUCACGACUUAAUACAACAAUGCAUACCCCCACCCCACCUGGGACCUCUCAUAGCUCUCAGGCCUCCUGGGCCACUGCUACACCACAUAAUAUACACCAGCUAGAGCAGCAGACUAAGAAAGUUAAAGGAUAUAUUAAGCGCCCUCAAGAGGGUGCUUUAAGGGUUGAAGAAGGCUUGGAUCGCGUACGAAGGGUCAAUGAAUUGGAAGGAGGGGUGGUUGAGGCUGCUGGCUCUCAACCACGAAAACGUGCAGCACCACGGUGUAGUGAAGUGUUUCGCUUGCUUAACUAUGUGUUUCGCUCGCUUAUGGAUUACGUUAUAUGCGAGGUAGUUUCUAGUCGGGUCGAUCUUCAAGUCACCCUAAACACUUUUUCCUCCUCAAAAGUUUGGGCCAAGUUUCCGGUUGCCAGGAAAGUACCCACCGCUUUGGCAGAUUACGUUGAGAAGAAUUCACUUCAAGGACAGUUGAAGUAUUGCCUCUUUGUCGGGGCGUCUUCUGGGGCGGAGACGGAGAAUCGAUGGGCUAGGAAUAAUAUGAUUGAGAGGCGAGCGCCUCAUCAGGUCGGCAAGGAGAUCGCAAAAGGAAUCAAUAAUGGCAAUAUCAAUUUCUUCGAUAAACACCUGAGCAUGUUCCCCUCAGAUUUGGGUUUCUAUACGAAGGAUCGGCCAAAUAAUAAACUAGACGUUAUGAUUAUUGAGGCAUCAGCUAUCACGGAAGACGGGGGGAUUAUACCUGGGGCCUCAGUGGGGGCUUCUCCAGAGCUGGUUCAAAUGGCGGAGAAAAUAAUCAUCGAGGUCAAUACCGCGGCUCCUUCGUUCGAAGGCCUCCAUGACAUCACUAUGUGCGACAAGCCUCCACGGCGAAAACCAUAUCUGAUUAUGGCACCCGAAGACCGCAUCGGAACUACAUACAUCCCAGUUGAUCCCGAGAAGGUCGUUGCCAUUGUUGAAUCCGACUAUCCCGACCGGACCCAACCAAACGCCCCAGCGGACGCGGGAUCGCAUGCUAUUGCCAAACACAUCAUCGAAUUUCUCCAGCAUGAAGUGAAAAUGGGCCAUCUCCCCAACAACCUUCUCCCCAUCCAGUCCGGCAUUGGAAACAUUGCCAACGCUGUCAUCGGCAGUCUCAGCACCAGCGGCUCCAACUUCCGCAACCUGCGCGUGUGGACCGAGGUGCUUCAGGACUCUUUCCUCGACCUCUUCGACACCGGCCACUUGGACUUCGCCACUGCCACCUCCGUCCGAUUCUCUCCAGACGGCUUCAAGCGGUUCUAUGAUAACUGGGAACGCUACUUUGAUAAACUGCUCCUGCGCUCCCAGCAGGUGUCCAACUCCCCCUGA